GGCACACAGCCGCGCGCGGGCUGCAGAGCCCAGAACCAGCCCUGCAAAAUGCACUUAGGACCCCCGCGGCUGGAAGAAUGAGCUUGUCCUUCCUCUUCCUGCUCUUCCUCAGCCACCUGAUCCUCAGCGCCUGGGCUCAAGGGGAGAAGCGCCUCGCACCCAAAGGGCAACCCGGACCGGCUGCCACCGGUAGGAACGCCGGAGGAGCCAGCAGCAGCCGGAGCAGCAGUAGCACGAAGUCUUCCUCUUCUUCCUCUGCCUCCUCCUCCCCCGGGGCUUCUCUGGGCAGUCAAGGAAGUGGCUUGGAGCAGAGCAGUUUCCAGUGGAGCCCCUCGGGGCGCCGGACCGGCAGCCUCUACUGCAGAGUGGGCAUCGGUUUCCAUCUGCAGAUCUACCCGGAUGGCAAAGUCAAUGGCUCCCACGAAGCCAAUACGUUAAGUAUUUUGGAAAUAUUUGCUGUGUCUCAGGGGAUUGUAGGAAUACGAGGAGUUUUCAGCAACAAAUUUUUAGCGAUGUCAAAAAAAGGAAAACUCCAUGCAAGUGCCAAAUUUACAGAUGACUGCAAGUUCAGGGAGCGAUUUCAAGAAAACAGCUAUAAUACCUAUGCCUCAGCAAUACACAGAACUGAAAAAACGGGGCGGGAGUGGUACGUGGCCCUGAAUAAGAGAGGGAAAGCUAAACGGGGCUGCAGUCCCCGUGUUAAACCUCAGCACAUCUCUACCCACUUUCUGCCAAGAUUCAAGCAAUCAGAGCAGCCAGAACUUUCUUUCACAGUUACUGCUCCUGAAAAGAAAAAGCCACCUAAUCCCAUCAAGCCAAAGGUUCCCCUUUCCGCACCUCGGAGAAGUCCCAACACAGUGAAAUACAGACUCAAGUUUCGCUUUGGAUGAUAUUCAUCUUGGCCUUGUGAGAAACCACACCUUCCCCUCAGGAGUUUCUGUAGGUGUCUUUGCGGUCUGAAGACAACUUUUUGGACACAGCUUCAGUUACACUACACUGUACUGAAGUCAGGACAUUUGUUUCAGUUUGGCUGAAACAAAAAUGUCUCCCGAUAGGAACUAAACUGGAAUUCUUUGUACCAAUAUAGGGAGUUCACUGCUUUAGUUCAGUAUGACAUAAAGCCUUUUGCUUUAUGUUUGGUGCAUACUGGGACUCCGUUUCCAGAAAGUUAAAUGGUAGGGAUUAUGUAUUUUUCUGACUUUUACAGAUCAACCUGAAAAAGCAUACGAUACAUUUUUAUUUUUGGUUUCCAAAGACUAUUUUGAUGCAGAUAAAAGUAUUUUAUUAACGUUUGUUUUUUGUUUUUU